AUGAGUGAAAGAAAUCGAAAACAACAAAAUCGCCUCGGACUAUUCCAGACCGAACAAUGGAAAAUCACGGUCGGACUACAGAAAAUCAGUGGGCUUUAUUGCUUUCAACGUGAUCGAAUAAAUUUUAUCUGUUGGCUUAUUAUUGCUUUGUUCUCAUUGUCAUUCACGAUUGUAUUGGGCAUUAGGCUUGUAAUGGAAAUCGGUGUUCAUAACGAAAUCGUCAUCGAGAACAUUUUGGGUGAAUUGUACAUGCUGAUUAUUUUUUCCAAACUAGGAAUCAGCGUUCUGAAAAGGAAAUCCUUUAAAUGCAUUUACGCGAAGAUUGCAGAUCACUGGAGUAUGAUAAACAACGCCGAGGAGCUCGACAUCGUGUCCAGAAACAUGGAACGAGGCCAUGGAGUAGUAAAAAUUUACUCGCUGUACUGUAUCAUCGGUAUGGGAUGCUUCAUCGCCAUGCCAAUAACCUAUCCAUUGCUAGAUUACGUGAUACCGAUGGAAAAUAAAACCCGGACCAUGGGCGAGCCCGCCUACGUCGAGUACGGCCUCGACCCUGAGAAGUAUUACUACCCUCUGAUGACCCAGGGCUUUGUCGGCGGUCUUGGCUGUAUCGCAGUUUUCGUGGCCUUUGACGUGAGCUACAUGAUGCUGACGAAUUACGUGAUUGGCUUGUUCGCUUUGGCCAAACAUCGUUUAGGAAAGGUUAAUAAACUGAUAAAAGCAAUGGAGCAGCAAAAUAUCAACGUGUUAAAGUCAAAUUGGCCUAUGCCGUAUAUUGUGCAAGCCAUCAAAACUCAUCAGCGAGCUUUGGCUUAUGCCAACGACUUAGAAGCCAACUACAAUAAAGCUUGGUUUAUAACUCUCGUCUGUGAUACAGCUACCAUCGCAGGUUGCUUCGCUAUCUUAAAGGUGAAAGACACCCCGGAAGAAAUUUUUCGCUUCUUUUCGUUGCUCUUUGGUGCCUUCAUCCAUUUCUAUUUCAUAUUUUUACCAGGACAAUUGAUGAUCAACGCUAGCGAAGAAGUUUUUGAUGCCUGUUAUGCGGCUAAUUGGUACAAAUUGUCUCACAAAUCCAAAUAUUUGUUAAAAAUUAUCAUGAUCAGGAGUUUGAGGGCCUCGUAUUUGACCGGAGGAAAGAUGUUUUCACUUUCUAUGAAUACCUACUGCAGUGUUUAUGCUAAAGACCAGCUUAUCGUGCGUCGCUCUUCUGAAGAGAUUGUUGGAUUUUUAAAAAAUAUUUUAUUUUUCAAGUUCCAUGUCUGA